CAGUCAACAUAGUCACAUAGUGAAAAAUAUUCGGCGCGCCAUUUCCGUGUUUGUGCUCCCAAAACAACUUUUAGCAGACUAGACAAAAUUGCAAUAGUCGGCAUUGUUUAACGAUCACCGGUUAGCCAUUUUGCUUGCCUGCCGCACUCAAAAGCAACGCCUAAACAAAUAUAUAUACACACACACACAUAUAUGUAUAUUUAUUUGCACAACGCGAGCUCGUGUUGCAACCAUUUGUGAAAUCAUUGCAAAGUUUGUGAGACAACGCGAGCAGAAUUUGACGAUUAGCGAAAAGUGUUGUAUGUUUGUGUGUACGAACAGUUAGCCGGUGGAUCAAUCAAAAUGUUUGGCGGCGCUAAACCCACAUUCGGCGCCGGUGCCGGCACCACGGGCUUCGGCACGUUCAGCAACAGCGCCGCGGCAACGCCUUUUGGACAGUCGGCAUUUGGGAAGCCAGCGACGCCCGCGUUUGGCGGCACGCCCGCCUUUGGCGCCCAGCAGACGCAGCCAUCGAUGUUUGGCAGCGCGACGGCCACAAGCCAGCCCACUGGCGGCCUGUUCGGUGGCGCAGGCACAACCAGCGCAUUCGGUGGCACCACCACAGCGCCCACAUCAUUUGGAGCAUUUUCGCAGGCUCCGCAGACCUCCAACAUAUUCGGCUCGACGCAGGCGGCGCCGAACACCUCGCUGUUCGGCCAGGCCGCAACCAGCGCCUUUGGCGCCGCAAAGCCAGCUACGAUGGGCAUGAGCAGCUUUGGACAGACGCCGGCAGCGCAGCCGCUAUUCGGGCAGCAGGCAGCCGCGUCGAGCACAUCGGGCUUUGGCAGCUUUGGUCAGGCGGCGCCCACCACAACGAAUGUGUUUGGCAGCGGCGCCGCGUCGGCGUUCGGACAGCCGCAGGCGGUGGCAGUGGGCGCUGCGGGUGGUGUUAAUCCGGGCACCUCGCUGGUCAAGUACCAGCCCACCAUUGGCACGGACACGCUGAUGAAGGGCGGCCAGCCGAACAAUGUGAAUACCAAACAGCACUGCAUUACCGCCAUGAAGGAGUACGAGAUGAAGUCACUGGAGGAGCUGCGCAUGGAGGACUAUCUCAGUUCGCGUAAGGGUCCUCAGGCGGGCAGUGCUCCGGGUGCUUUCGGUUUUGGCAGCCCCGCAACUGGCGCGCAGCCCGCAGCCGGCGGUCUGUUUGGCUCGCCGGCCCAGCAGCAGCCCAGCACGGGACUCUUCGGACAGGCGGGCACGGAGAACAAGAGCCUGUUCGGCAGCUCAGCCUUUGGACAGCCGGCAGCAACGAGCGCCUUCGGUGCACCAGCCCAGCAGAAUAAUUUCAUGCAGAAGCCGUUCGGUGCCGCGCCGACCAGUGCAUUUGGCACAACGACAGCGGAUGCCUCAAAUCCGUUCGGCGCCAAGCCCGUGGGCUUUGGCCAGAGCGGCGGCAGCAUGUUUAGCCAGGCGGCUGCCACGAGCGCUGCCCCGGCCUUUGGACAAACCACCAGCGGCUUUGGCGGCUUUGGCAGCACCGCGGGAACUACUACCCAACAGACGCCACUAUUUGGACAAACAAAUGCUACGGAUCCCAAUAAGCCCGCCUUUGGUCUGGGCGCGACUGUCUCCGCAGCCAAUACGGGCUUUGGCGGAUUUGGUGCGCCGGCAACUAGCACCGCAGGCGGCGGUCUCUUUGGCUCCAAGCCAGCUACCAGCUUUGCGACACCUGCUUUUGGCGCCAGCUCCACGGCAAACACAGGCUUCGGCAACUUCUCGCUGAGCAAUACCAAUGCGGGCAGCGGCGGCGGUCUAUUCAACUCCCAGCUUAACAAGCCGGCCACCUCGGCGUUUGGCGGCUUCGGUGGCACCUCGACGGCGCCGCUCAACUUUAAUGCCGGCAACACGGGCGGCUCCAUCUUCAGCAAUGCCACCAAGCCCGGCGGUCUAUUUGGCGGCACCUCCACACUGGGCACGGGCACGGGCACAGCUAUCGGUGGUGGCGGCGGACUCUUUGGCACUAGCGGCACGGGCGGUGCCUUCGGUUCGUCGCUGGGCGGUGGUUUCGGUAACCUGGGCGGCGGCAAUAUGGCGUUGUCCGGCAUGGGCGGACUGGGCGCGGCGCCGGCUCAGGGCGUGGUGGUGGUGCCCAUACAUCAACAGAUUCUCUCGAAGGUGACAUCGCCGUACGGCGACACGCCCAUUUUCAAAGAUCUGAAGCGCAGCGAUGAUGUGGACGCCACGCGGGCCACAAAUCCCGCCGCACAGCAGGCGGUGCUGGACAUGAACAGCAACCAGUUUAAGAUCACCAACAAGGAGAGUCCGGCCAGCAUUCGUGUCAAGGCGCUGAGCAACUCUAAGAAUCGCAAAUCCAUGUUCGAAGGCCUCGAGGAGUUCGAUGCCAGCGUGGAGGGCUUUAACCUCAAGCCAAACGUCAAGCGGCUGGUGAUAAAGCCCAAGGUGAAGACAACACCCAAUCCAGGCGAGGCCAGUACCAUGGCCAUGAACAAUAACAACAGCAACUCGGCAAUUGUGGGUGUAGUGCGUCCGCAACGUGAAUCCUUCAAUAAUGUUAUUCCCAACGAGCCAAUGCCCAGCGGCAGUGCCAACAGCUCGCCGGCAAUGCAGAAGGCGGAUCAGGACAGUAGCCGACGUGAGUCCUGGUUGCAUCCCAACAACUUGGCCAAGGUGCGUCAGCACAAUCUACAGUCGGGCAUGGAUCAGGCACCGCUAAACAGCACACUCACGGAGCUGGUGCCGCGCAAGCCGCUGGAAACCUAUAAGAGCACGCUGCCCACACGUCUCUCGGUGUCAACCAUACCGGAGAAUCCAUUCGAAGAUCAGUCCAGCAGCAUUGCGCGACGCGACACUUUCACCUCGGAGCAUGGCAACGAGAGCACACUCUCCAUUCGCUCCCAUGACUCGGAGCAACGUUUGGCCAUUGAGCCGCCAACUGAAGCUGAUGCCAAUGCCGAUGCCGACACGGAGCCGCAUCCAACGGGCAUUGUGUUGCGCCGCGUGGGCUACUACACCAUACCGCCAUUGGACGAUCUCAAGUCGUAUCUUGCCGAGGAUGGAUCCUGUGUGGUGCCCAAUUUCACAGUUGGUCGCGAGGGCUACGGCAACGUCUACUUUGGCAAAGAGCUUGACGUGGCCGGGCUCAAUUUGGAUGAGAUUGUACAUUUCCGCAACAAGGAGGUCAUCAUAUACCCGGAUGAUGACAACAAGCCGCCCAUUGGAAGCGGCCUGAAUCGUGAGGCUCAGGUUACUUUGGACCAGGUGUGGCCGGUGGACAAGACCAAACACGAGGCCAUCAAGGAUCCGCAGCGUCUGAUCGAAAUCGACUGGGAGGGCAAACUACGUCGCGUCUGCGAUAAGAACGCCACACGCUUCAUUGAAUACCGACCCGAGACUGGCAGCUGGGUGUUCCGUGUCAAGCACUUCUCCAAGUACGGUCUCAACGAUAGCGACGAGGAGGAUGAGGAGCUACCCACCGAUCCGAAAAAAGCCAAAAUGGUGGCAAUGGAUGCUCAACGCGCUGCUGCCACUGAUAAAAUGACUUUGACAUCGCUGCGCAAAGCGCAGAAGAUCUCCGAGGAGGCGGCACGUAGCAUGGAUCCCAAAUCAUUGGCCGCCGGCGUGGUCAGCGGCUUUCGGCCAAUGGACAACUCAGCAGAGUUUCUGAUGAUGGACAAGACGCAGUUCUUUCAAGCCGGCAGCGGCACGGACUUCUCCAUGUUCGAUGCGCCCCGUACUGUGACCAGCCCCACAGCCGCUCUGGCUCAAGAGGUUGUCGGCAAAGAGCCGCACAAAAUGCAACUGAUGAAAUCGUCCCUAUUUGUAGAGGAUCAAGGCAGCGACGACGAGAUGGAUACACAGCCGAUGCAUAAGCGACCGCAACUGAAACGCACUCAAAACCUGUUCUCACAGGAUACAAAUCUGUGGAAGGAUGCGGCUGCCUCGGAGACCUCAAGCGAAUAUGGACGACAAUCACCACUCUUAGCCGUAUCCUCUUCAGCUUCUGUAACUAGCAUAAUCCGCGAAUUGCAAUCGGAGGAGGCCUCAUCGCUGGCAGCCGAAAGCAUUAUUCCAGCUGAAACGAAGGCUCCAGCAGCGUCUUUGGGUGGCCUAAAGCCAUUCAAUUUUGUUAUCAAACCCAAAGUGGCACCCAUUAAAGUAUUCGCCACCACGGUGCCUUUGACGCGUUCCAUAACGAGGGGCCUCCACGAGCACUGGAUUGCGGAUCUGGGCUUCUACAAGGGACGAGCCUUCAAGCUAAGCUUUGGACCACAAAACACGCUGAUGGUGCCCAACACAUACAACAAUCUGCGCAGCGUGCAUGAGCUUAGUUCUAGGGCCUUGCCCGCAGCGCUUGUUUUUGAGCCGCGCGCCUCAAACGAUUUCUCGCCCAAUUUGCUGCAGCGCAUCAAAUUCAAUACAGUCGAUAUGUACGCAGAUUUUGCUGAAAGCAUUGUGCCACAUUUGCAAGUGCAGCUGCAGGGCUGCAGCUCGAAUCAGGUGGAGGGUAGCGACUGUCCCUGGCUGAAGUCGAGCAACGGAACACAACUGAUAGCCAAGCAUCUGGCCGAGGCCAUUAAGCUAAACAACACCAGCAGCAUGGCCAGCUAUGGAGUCUCCGUGUGGUCCCUUUUGUUCACACUGUGGGGUGAGCAUGAGGAGCUAAUCGGCCAGGACGUCAGCUCGCACUAUGUGGUCAUGUGCCGGCGCAAUCUGCUUUCGGAGUGGCUGGAAAACACGCUGGUCAGCAAGGAUCUGCUCUCAAAGAAGGUCAGCAGCAAUAGUUAUCUGGCGCAUAUGCUCGAGCUUUUGAGCUGCCAUCGUGUGACCGAAGCCUGCGAAUUGGCCUUCAAAUACGACGAUGCCAACCUAGCUUUGAUUCUGGCACAACUUAGCUCUGGCGCUGUGGUCCGCCUGCUCAUAGAAGAGCAACUCUUUGCCUGGCAGCAGAGCAAAUCGGAUAAGUACAUUAGUCUGGAGCGCAUUAAAAUGUUUAUGAUGGCCGCGGGCGUACCGCUGAUGCAAUCCUCACAUGGCCCCAUCAACCUGUUGGAGGAUGGUAGCUGGCUAACCGUAUUGGCACUGCAGCUGUGGUACUUUACGGCGCCCACCUCAACCAUAACUGAUGCCAUGCUGGAGUAUGACAAGGCUUUCCAGGCCGAUGAGCUUUACGCGGAGGAACCGAAGCCCAGCUACAAAGGCGCACCCUACUCCAGCAAGAGUCCUGUCUAUGAUCUACGUUACCAUCUGCUGCAGCUCUACUCGAAGCGUAAGCAUUCCCUGGAGCAAACAUUGAACCCAAUUACACACACCUCCGAUCCCAUGGACUUUCGGCUAAGCUGGAUGCUGCUACAAACCUUGGAGGCGCUGGGCUAUUGUCACUGCAGCUCGCUGGCAGAGGCGCAGCUACACGUUGAUUUUGCUAGCCAGCUGGAGAAUGAGGGUCUGUGGCAGUGGGCCAUAUUUGUGCAGCUGCAUAUCAAGGAUCGGAAUCAGCGCGAACGUGCUGUGCAGCACACACUGCAGCAGCAUGUCAGCAUAGACGCCGAUGUGCCCCUCAACGAGGAGGAGCAAUUCGUCAUAGAACAGUUGGGUGUGCCCGAGUCUUGGGUGGACUAUGCCAAGGCGCUGAAAGCGAGUGCCCAGAACCAGCGUCAUUUGCAGGCAAAAUAUCUGCUGAAGGCCAAGCACUGGGUACUGGCGCAUGAAGUCAUCUAUCAGUAUAUCGCACCAGAUGCCGUCAUUAACAGCAAACUGGAAUACUUAUACAAUUUGCUGAGUCAGUUUGAGUGUACGGACGGCAGCAAUGUCAAGGUGCCAAAUUGGACAAAUCAGGGUCAGAUAUUUCUGGAUUACAUUGACAUCAAUGAAAAGUUCAGGCAUAUACACAACGUCAGCUGCGUGGAGGAUAUACAUGCGCGCUGGGAAAACCUAAAGCCUCAGCUAAGUGAGAUAUGCUCGCGCAUCAGCCUGCUGCCAUGCCCCACAUCGAAGCAUCGUCUAUGCCAGAGUGAAAUAGCCAAGAGCUUGAGCUGCCUGGUGAAUGGCAUGUGCAUAGUUUGUCCGGAACUCGAGCCGUGUGUCGUUUUAAAAAUGGCUUUGGAACGCUUGCCCAUGCCCCAGGAGUUCUCCACCAAAGAGCUAAGCAAUCUGCUCGACGAGCUGAUGCACAAAAUACAGAACCAGCGGCCAUUCUCAGACUCAGAACCCGCGCCACUGCACACCACCGAGCGCAUAAUGAUGCAAACUUAAGCAAAUAGGAAAACAUCCAUAGAUAACUAAGCAGGGAAAAAGUGAAAAACAAAAGAUUUGUAGUUUAGCAAACAGUUUCAUUUAGAUUUAUCAAUAUAUCUAUAUAUAAAUAUGUGUAUUGCACUUAGAUGUUAGGUCCUAUCGCACACAAAAACAAGCAUUAGUAAUUAUUUAAAACAAACAAAAAAUCUAUAAAUACUUGUAUAAUAUGCAACGUUUCGUUACAAAGACAAACUUUCAAUUAUAUGAUGCGAUUAUUGUUAAUUUGUUUACCAUCUAAAAAAUUGAUCCAAUGUUUAUAAUAAUCUGCAACGUAUUCUUCAGAAACAAUAAAAUUAAUAUAGUUGUUUUGUGACUCAAAAAAUUGUUAAACUAUUAAGAUCCCCUCGACUAACAAAGUGCAUGUUUUAAAUGAAGGCGCCUUCCAAAAAGUUA